AUGGGCUCGUGCUGUUCCCGAUACUUUGACCUCGCGCUCGCGAGCGCGCCCCCCGUAAACGCCGUCUACUACCCGUCGUGGAAGCUGUACGACGGGAAGCCCCCCUCCGUCGUGCAGGCCGAGGUGGUCACGCACGUGUACUAUGCCUUUGUCGGCGUCCACGAGAACGGGACACUACGGUCUCUCGACGAGUACGCAGACUUUGAGGCGCCCAUCGGCAACUACGAGGGCUGCAUCGACGCGCUGGGCGGGCUGAAGAAGAGGAACCCGUCCAUCAAGACGCUCGUGUCGCUGGGAGGAGCCGAGGCCAGCGGCGAGUUCCCGGCGCUCGCGGCGAGCGAGGAGUCGCGGCAGGAGCUGGCCUCGUCGGUCCGCGACUUUUGCGACCGUCACGGACUCGACGGCGUCGACGUCGACUGGGAACACCCGCAAACGCCCGAGCAAGGCCGCAACUUCAUCAAGCUCCUCCUCGCGCUGCGCGCCGCCCUGCCCUCCACCUCCGCCUACCUCGUCACCGCGGCGCUGCCCACGACGACGGACGUGCUCGACAACGUGGACCUCUGGGAGGCGGCGCGCGCGCUCGACCUGCUCAACCUCAUGGCGUACGACUUCACGGGCGACUGGACCAAGCUGAGCGGCAACCAGGCGCAGCUGUGGCCGCCCGUCGGCCGGGAGCAGGUCGCCGUGGCGCGGCGCGACGCGGACCUGCGGCUGUCGGGCGCGGGCGGCGUCGAGCACGUCUGGCAGUCGGGCGUGCCGACGCGCAAGAUCGUGCUGGGCGUGCCGGCGUACGCGCGCUACUUCCCCGGCGCGGAGGGCUACGGCGAGACGUUCAACACGUCGCGCAGCGAUGAGAUUGACUACUGCGACGUGCUCAACGGGAGUAGCAGCAGCACCUUUACGGUCACGUCCACGUCCACGUCCACGUCCACGAAGAAGAAGAAGAAGAAGAAGAAGAGGAAGGCGGAGGCGAAGGCGGGAGCGGGAGCAGCAGCGGUGGGCGUCAAGGCCCAAGUCCAAGUCGCCGUCGACGCCGAGGCCGUGGCCGCGUCCUUCGUCGACAGCCUGCCCGGCGGGAGGGGCUUCGUGUCGCUCGACGUGCCGCAGACGGUGGCCAUGAAGGCCGGGUACGCAAAGUGCAUGGGGCUCGGGGGCCUGUUCUACUGGCACGGCGCGGGGGACAAGACGGGCAACGAGAGCCUCGUGGGCACGGGGUACAGGGUGUUGAUGGCGCAAUGA